UUCCCGCAAAUCAGCUGCUUGCAAUGCUGCCAUAGUCCUCUCUCACACUCCCCUCUCACUCCAAAGUCUUCUAUUUCUGUCGACGACCUACAAAAAACCCUUCACGACACAGAGCGCAAAUACGCUCUAUCUCUUCUUCCAUCAAUGGCGGUCCUAGAGAGCGCCAAAGGGCCAACGACCUUGCGACACGCCUUUGGCAAUGUUUUCUCGUUCUUUAUUCUUAUAUUGAUCGGAGUUCUCGCUUUCUCGAUCCGUCUGUUCUCUGUCAUAAAGUAUGAGAGUGUUAUUCACGAGUUUGAUCCUUAUUUCAAUUACAGAGUCACUCAGUUUCUAACAAAAAAGGGGAUUUAUGACUUUUGGAAUUGGUUUGAUGAUCGAACCUGGUAUCCUCUUGGUCGUGUGAUUGGUGGAACUGUUUACCCUGGUUUGACCUUGACAGCAGGAACACUUUGGUGGAUAUUAAAUUCAUUGAAUAUUCCUUUAUCUGUCGAGACUGUUUGUGUAUUCACUGCACCGAUUUUCUCUGCAUUUGCUUCUUGGGCCACUUACCUUUUGACCAAGGAAGUUAAAGGUGCUGGCGCUGGACUGACAGCAGCAGCUCUUUUGGCCAUGGUUCCAUCAUAUAUAUCUCGAUCAGUAGCUGGCAGCUAUGAUAAUGAAGCUGUAGCUAUAUUUGCUCUAAUCUUCACUUUUUAUCUUUAUAUAAAGACGUUGAAUACAGGGUCCCUCUUUUAUGCCACUUUGAAUGCCUUAGCAUACUUCUACAUGGUUUGCUCGUGGGGAGGUUACACCUUUAUAAUUAAUCUUAUUCCAAUGCAUGUCCUUUUGUGCAUUGUGACUGGUCGGUACUCUUCUCGACUGUAUAUUGCAUAUGCUCCUCUUGUGGUCUUAGGAACUUUACUGGCUGCUUUGGUGCCUGUUGUUGGUUUUAAUGCAGUCAUGACAUCAGAACAUUUUGCUUCUUUUUUGGUUUUCAUUAUAAUCCAUGUGGUGGCUUUUGUGUAUUAUAUCAAAAGGACUCUCUCUCCAAAAAUGUUUAAAGUAGCUGUUACCCUUGUUGUAUCUGUUGGCCUGGCAGUCUGUUGUGCAGUGAUGGCAGUUCUAAUAGCAUUGGUAGCUUCUAGUCCAACAAAGGGAUGGAGUGGAAGAAGUUUAAGUUUGCUUGACCCAACCUAUGCAAGCAAGUAUAUACCAAUUAUUGCCAGUGUUAGCGAACAUCAACCCCCUACAUGGCCAUCUUACUUCAUGGAUAUCAAUGUUUUGGCUUUCCUAGUUCCUGCCGGGAUUAUUUCAUGCUUUCUUCCUUUAUCUGAUGCAAGCUCCUUUGUUGUCCUUUACAUCGUCACAUCUGUAUAUUUUUCUGGAGUCAUGGUGCGUCUGAUGCUUGUACUUGCCCCAGCUGCAUGCAUCAUGUCUGGAAUUGCCCUUUCUGAAGCUUUUAGUGUUUUCACCCGAUCAAUCAAGUUUCAGCUCCCCGGAUCAUCAAGCAGUUCCCAAAUUGAUUCAGGAGAUGCUAGUUCCAGUACUGUUAUAACACAAAAUGAUGCAGCAAAGACUGAGAAAACUGAAGACACAGCAAAGGAACAACGGCCUUCAAAAAAGAACAAAAAGAAGGAGAAAGAGAUUGUGGAUAAGCCAGCGGUUAAAUCCAAAAUUGAAAAAAAGCUUCUUGUGUUACCUUUGGAGGCAUCUAUCUUUGCUAUUCUGUUGCUUGUGUUGCUUGGUGCCUUCUAUGUGGUUCAUUGUGUCUGGGCAGCAGCAGAAGCUUAUUCAGCUCCCUCUAUUGUUUUAACAUCUUAUUCACAAGAUGGUGGCUUACAUGUUUUUGAUGAUUUUAGAGAAGCCUAUGCAUGGUUAAGCCACAAUACUGAGGUGGAUGAUAAAGUUGCAUCAUGGUGGGACUAUGGUUAUCAAACGACUGCUAUGGCUAACCGAACUGUUAUUGUUGACAAUAAUACCUGGAAUAACACGCAUAUUGCAACUGUUGGCACUGCUAUGUCUUCUCCUGAAAAGGCAGCCUGGGAAAUCUUCAACUCCUUGGACGUAAAAUAUGUUCUAGUUGUCUUUGGAGGUCUUGUUGGCUACCCUAGUGAUGAUAUAAAUAAGUUCCUGUGGAUGGUUCGUAUUGGAGGGGGUGUAUUCCCUCAUAUUAAAGAGCCUGAUUACCUGAGGGAUGGCCAGUAUCGAAUAGAUAAUCAGGCUACACCAACUAUGUUAAAUUGUCUCAUGUACAAGCUCUCAUAUUACAGGUUUGUGGAAACUGAUGGUAAAGGCUUUGAUAGAGUCAGGCGAACAGAAAUUGGGAAGAAAUAUUUCAAACUUACACAUUUUGAGGAGGUAUUCACAACUCAUCAUUGGAUGGUUCGCAUAUACAAAUUGAAACCUCCGAAGAACAGGAUCCGAGGAAAGACCAAAAAGUCAAAAUCGAAGGGAAGCUCAAGAAGUGGGACUAAUAAGAGGAAUCCAUGGCACUAGAUGAACUUUUUUACAGGUUAAUGAUUUUAGACGUUUGUAUUUCAUAUACAAUUUAAAUGCGAGAGCAUUUGGAGAGGGAUCAAGAAGGCAUAGUUGAUCAUUUUCACAGUGAGAUGCAAUUUAUCGAUCAAAGAUUUUGCAGUCUUAAAAAUGAUCUUGUAUUUUCUCCAAGUACUUGUGUUGUAACAAACACUAAUCAAUUUUGGAUUAAUACGUUAGAAUUGUUACUGAGCAAUACAGAAUUAGAUUCUCUACAACCCCUCAUUGGCGUAUUGGACAUGUCCUACUUUUUCUUU